AGUCAGACUCCAUUUUGCCUCGGAUCGAGAAGGAGGAAGAGAAGUGAGCUGCAGAUCGUGGUCUGCAGGAGGUUUUAGAUGAACAGAAGCUCAGUGUGAGGAGGAGAUGUGAACAUGUGACUGAAGGAACUGAUGAAACAGGAAGUAGGACCCUCCUCAACAGGAUCUACACUGAGCUCUACAUCACAGAGGGACAGCGUGAAGAGGUUAAUACUCAACAUGAGGUGAGGCAGCUUGAGACGGCUUCCAAGAUGAAGAGCCUCAACGACACUCCCAUCAAGUGCCACAACAUCUUUAAAGCCUCCACUGACCAGCAGAGAAGCAUCAGAGUCGUCCUGACCAAAGGCGUCGCUGGCGUUGGAAAAUCCUUCUCGGUGCAGAAGUUCACUCUGGACUGGGCAGAGGGUUUAGAAAACCAGGAUGUGGGUCUGCUGACUGGUCUUUCGUUCAGGGAGCUGAACCUGGUGAAGGACCAGCAGCACAGUCUCCUCACGCUGCUCCGUGUUUUCCAUCCAGCGUUACAGAAGCUCACGGCAGAGACGCUCACUGUCUGUAAACCUUUGUUCAUCUUGGACGGCCUGGAUGAAAGCAGAACUUCUCUGGACUUCAACCACAGCGAGCUUGUGUCUGAGGUCACACAGAGGUCAUCAGUCAACGUGCUGCUGACAAACCUCAUCCGGGGGACUCUGCUUCCCUCGGCUCGCGUCUGGAUAACCUCCAGACCUGCGGCGGCCAAUCAGAUCCCUCCUGCAUGUGUUGACAGGGUCACAGAAGUACGAGGCUUCACUGAGGCCCAGAAGGAGGAGUACUUCAGGAGGAGAUUCAGUGAUGAAGAGCUGUGCAGUAGAAUCAUCUCACACAUCAAGACGUCCAGGAUCCUCCAUAUCAUGUGUCAAAUCCCAGUCUACUGCUGGAUCAGUGCUACAGUUCUGGAGCACAUGUUGACCACAGACCAGAGAGGAGAGCUGCCCAAGACCCUGACUGACCUGUACUCACACUACCUGCUGGUUCAGACAAAGAGGAAGAACGGUGAGGGACAUGAGACGACUCCACAGCAGCUGACUGAGGCUGACAGGGACGUUCUCCUGAAGCUGGGGCGGCUGGCACUUAAACAUCUGGAGGAAGGAAACAUCAUGUUCUAUCAAGAAGAGCUGGAGCAGUGUGGUCUUAAUAUCACAGAGGCCUCGGUGUACUCAGGAGUUUGUACUGAGAUCUUCAGAAGAGAGUGUGUGAUCUUCCAGAAAUCAAUCUACUACUUUGUUCAUCUGAGCGUUCAGGAGUUUCUGGCUGCAGUCUACAUGUUCCACUGUUACACCGAGAGGAACACAGAGGAACUCAACGACUUCUUGGGAACAUGUGGGGACAGACACUUCUCCCUGGAUGACCUCCUGAAGAGAACCAUGAAGAAAUCCCUUGCAAGUAGAAAUGGUCAUCUGGACCUGUUUGUUCGCUUCCUUCACGGCCUCAGUCUGGAGUCCAACCGGAGAGUCUUAGGAGGCCUGCUGGGUCGGACAGACAACAAUCCAAAGAUCAUCCAGAGAGUCAUCAACAACCUGAAGAAGAUGCAGAGUGAUGACAUUUCUCCUGACAGAAGCAUCAACAUCUUCCACUGUUUGACUGAGAUGAACGACCACUCAGUUCAUCAGCAGAUGCAACAGUUCCAGACAUCAGAGAACACAUGGAAUGAGAAACUCUCUGAGAUCGACUGCUCAGGUCUGGCCUACAUGCUGCAGAUGUCAGAGGAGGUUCUGGAUGAGUUGGACCUGAAGAAGUUCAACACAUCAUACCAGGGUCGAUGGAGACUGAUCCCAGCUGUGAGGAACUGCAGGAAGGCUCGACUCGCUGGUUGUCGACUCUCAGAGGCUCACUUUGAAGUCGUGGCCUCAGCUCUGAAGUCAGACCCCUCACAUCUGAGAGAACUGGAUCUGAGUAACAACACCCUGAAGGAUUCAGGAGUGAAGCUGCUGUGUUCUGGACUGGAGAGUCCAAACUGUCGACUGGAGACUCUGAGGUUGUAUCGCUGCAGACUGUCAGAAAUCAGCUGUUCUUCUCUGGCUUCAGCUCUGAGGUCAAACCCCUCUCAUCUGAGCGAACUGGAUCUGACUAACAACAAGCUGCAGGACUCAGGAGUGAAGGAGCUGUGUGGUUUUCUACAGAGUCCAACCUGUCGACUGGAGACUCUGAGGUUGAAGGACUGCAGUCUGUCAGAGAUCAGCUGUUCUUCUCUGGCUUCAGCUCUGAGGUCAAACCCCUCUCAUCUGAGAGAACUGGAUCUGAGAAGAAACGCCCUGCAAGACUCAGGAGUGAAGGAGCUGCUUGAUCUAAAGCAGAGUUCAACCUGUCGACUGGAGACUCUGAGGUGGUGGUGAUCUUUGUGAAGCUGAGUGUGAAGAGGACAGUGUGUGUGGACGGAGGCUGAGCUGUGUCCUGAGGAUCCAGAGGCUGAAGCAGCAGCAGCUUGUGUGUAGAGCGGCUCUGACUGGGCCUUGUUGCUGGGAGGCAGAGUGGAGACAGAGCUCCAGAGGAAUCAGAGGAGGUGAGCUGCUCUGAGAUCAGCUGUCACACAGUGUCCAGUCCACCGUCCUCCCUGUGUGUUCCUGUGGAUGUGACACAGCAUCAUCAGUAUAUCUGCUGCUGCUCUGUCCUUUGACUAACAAAAGUCAAAAUUGCAAAUAUUUCUAAGUUAUGUGCAGAAAAAUUUGCACAUUUAAUGCAAAUUUGAUUUUCAAAUGUAAAAAGUGACAUUAUAUUUACUGCUCGGGACGUGAAGCUGUGAGCAUUUGCUGUUAUAAAUAAAUAACUGCUGAGUUCAGACAAGCUUCUUAUAUUUUAGACAGUUUCACCCUGAUCCUGCUGACGGCAGCGUGUUAGCAUGUUGUGUUGAAAACUAAAGACAUCAGGUGAAAACCAUGAGCACUGCAGGGAAUCAGAAAGUGUAAAGUCUUGUUAUCUGAACACAGGUUGAUGAGACCAGGCUGUAAAUAAGAUGCUCAGUACAUUGAAGUAUAAAGUCAACAGUGAUUUCUAAGAGUUGAUGUAAAUAAAGAAGAAAAGAAAAUGACCAGGGGAAGAACUUUUUCAGAUUAAAACAAAACAGAAAUAUUUUCACCCAAUGAGAAGCUGAGGUUGUUUUUCUGUUCAAAGUUAAUUUAAUCAAGUUAUUUCUCAAAUAGUGAAGUUUGACAUGUACAUAGUUUAAUAACCUGCUUCACCUAAUGACUCCGAUGUAAAGUGGUGAGAGUCUGUUGGUGAAAGACGUUUAGAAACACAGAUAAUUGGUUUGGAGACGGGAGCCUGCUGUCGUCCGUCACGUCUCACAGCGACAACACAGAGAGAAUUAGUGAUUCAAUAAUCAGCUGAUCAGACUCAUGGAGGAGGCGGGGUUUAUGACCUGUACUGCAGCCAGCCACCAGUGGGCGAUGCAGAUCAUUUAUUUUCAUCUUUAUUUAGUCAAAAUUUUAACAUUUUUAUUUCACUGUGUUUUAUUGAAUGACGUCAGAUAAGAUCUUCUCUGUAAAGUCACAGGUGACGGAUCUGACCUGAGUUUGAGUUUCUCACUUUCCAUGUUUCACUGUUUAACGGAAUAAGGUCGAAAAUCUCAGCUUCAAAUGAUUUAAUUCAACUGCUGCAGGAAAACCACGAAAUCCAGUUUGAUCAUCACAGAAACGUCUCUUUCAAACCUCUGGUUGUUUUAUUCACUUGUAAAAUCUUGUGACUGCUUUGUUUACAUGAAUCAUUUCUUUAUUUUUACAUGAAAAUAAACAGUUUCCAGUUCAUUAAAGUUGAAAUUCUCUGACAUCACAUGACUCACUGAGGAGGCUGUGGCGGCGUCUUGUCAUGAGGGCGAAGGGGCGAACACACAUUUACACGAUGGAUCAGACACAUGGCACCGUUUGGUAAAUGAGGCCCGACACUUAUUGUCUAGUGUCACUGUGUCGUGUCACCACUGUUUACAACGAUGUGUUUUUAAUGUUGAAAUGAGUUGUUCCAUUCUGUUCUGAAUAAAGAAUCCCAUUAAUUCAUUAAUCAAA